AGCUUUGUAUGUGAUGGGCGAGGGGUGGCGGCCAGUGGAGAGCGGUGGUCAUGGUGGUCCUGUGGCGAGUGUGUGGGCGUGGGCCUGCCUGCUGGCGUGGGCUGCCAUGUGCUCGGGGUGGGCUGAGAGCUGCGACAUGGGCGAACUUCGCUGUCACGACGGAAGCUGUGUUGCUGCCGACCAGUACUGCGACGGAGAACCCGACUGUCCUAACAAUGAAGACGAACCCAAGCACUGUACACUAACCAUUAUCAAGAAGCCUCUCCAUCACCAUAAAGCUACCGGGUCCCUCCAUCAGCAUGUAGCCUACAGUUCCCUCCAUCAGCAGGUAGCCUACAGGUCCCUCCAUCAGCAGGUAGCCUACAGGUCCCUCCAUCAGCAGGUAGCCUACAGGACCCUCCAUCAACAGGCAGCCUACAGGUCCCUCCAUCAACAGGUAGCCUACAGGUCCCUCCAUCAACAGGCAGCCUACAGGUCCCUCCAUCAACAGGCAGCCUACAGGUCCCUCCAUCAACAGGCAGCCUACAGGUCCCUCCAUCAACAGGCAGCCUACAGACCCUCCAUCAACAGGCAGCUACAGGUCCCUCCAUCAACAGGCAGCCUACAGGCCCCUCCAUCAACAGGCAGCCUACAGGUCCCUCCAUCAACAGGCAGCCUACAGGUCCCUCCAUCAACAGGCAACCUACAGGACCCUCCAUCAACAGGCAGCCUACAGGACCCUCCAUCAACAGGCAGCCUACAGGUCCCUCCAUCAACAGGCAGCCUACAGGUCCCUCCAUCAACAGGCAGCCUACAGGUCCCUCCAUCAACAGGCAGCCUACAGGUCCCUCCAUCAACAGGCAGCGACAGUCCCUCCAUCAACAGUUCUACAAUGCAGGUGCUGCUGCCAAGUAUUAUCCGCGAUGUAUAUGGCAUACCGAACGAAGAGUUGUAUGGUGUAGCAGUGAAUGGAGUGUACAGGAUCUUCAUCAAGUUCAAGAGUGCUGGGUUUUAUGCCAGCAUAGUCGACGCGUUUUCAAGAAAAAGGAUGACCGUUAAUUCUGCAGUGGAGGUCUGCCUACAUGAACGUAUCAAGCUAUGUAACGUGGGUAAAGACAGCGUCGGACAUGUAGGCUGUGCGGGUCUUAUGACCAUAUGGCGGCCCAAUGUCAUCAAAGGCAGGGACGGAGGAACAGGUGCCAACAACUGGGAACGACAGCUGCCCUCCUUGGCACCUGCGACAAGUGAAGCUGCACAACAGGCGUCUGCAAGUUGGAGUGAAGAAGUAGACAGAGCGGAGUCGGAGAUGGGAGCGUGCGACACGUUACCUGUGGGAACUGUGUCUGAGCGACCAUCUACGGAUGAGACUGUUGACAGAAGUGACUUACAACAGAUGUCUAAUCUUGUUUGCAGGCCUGGCUUCUGGUGUGGCGACGGUGUUGGGCUGGAGAUGUAUUACUCAGAGACUCCCUCUGUCUCCGUCAUCAUCACACGGCUUCCCACUGACAAUGACCUCACCGCCCUCGACGCCUUCUCCAGUAUCUACGUCAAGAUGUCUUACAAGUUCCUGCGUCGGGAAUCGGCGGUGGUGAGGUAUGGGAAACCGACAGAGCCAAAGUACUUGGGACUGCGAGAUAAAACAACAGUGUGUGACGCCCUCUUCACUAAUUGUGACCAACGGCCAUGCUUCGUACAGUCUCCGAACUUUCCCGGGAUGUACCCGAGAAACACAACGUGUUAUUACACUCUCAGCCAGACCAGGUCUCCACCAGGCAAGAGGGCCGUGAUCUCCCUCAGCCAGGCGGAUGGACACUUGGUGCACGUUAAGAGUUUGGUUCAACCCCAUGACACCACCGAGCGUCACCUUAAACUCUAUGGAGACUGUUACUACGUCGGCGACUACGUGCGUGUAUACGACGGUAACUCCACCACCUCUCCAGUUUUAGUCACUUUCUGCCGAGGAGACAUUGUCCCUGAGAUCGUAUCCUCAGGGCCAGAUGUUCUAAUUGAGUUUACAACUUCACCUUACGACUACCCUCAUCAUGAAGCGCCCUGGACGCAUGUCGCGGGGUUCGAACUACGAGCUGAGGCGCGUUUCAUACCCACGGCUUCCAUUGGGGAAGAUUGUCGAGUGGAAAUCCGCAGCAGCGACAAUAGCACCGGCUGGGUGGAGGGUGCUACCCACAGUGUGCCGCCGAAUACCACCUGCGUAUGGCAAUUCCUGGGCUCACAUGGCCAGGUAGUGUGGAUCACUUUUGUCCACUACCACAGAGAAUCGCAGCUCGCCAAACUGCAAGCCAAGUUAUGCUCGACACAACUGACAAUCAGUGAUGGAGACUGGCCUAAUGGGAAGCCCAUCGCCCAACACUGCCAUGAUACGGAGCCGCGAACUUGUGACCGCGCACGCAGACUCCUCGAAGACUCCAACGUGCGCCCCUGCGACAGGAACGAGUCCUACGUCUCUACUGGCAGGAAUCUGAGUAUGUCUCAGUACUUUGGGGAUGGAAGCAUUGUCACCAAAGUCUCAUUUUUGCUUAGAUAUGAGUUUGUGGAGCGGCGGCAAGCCGGGGAGUGGGCGGGUGACCCGUGCAGUCGAGUUAUCAGGAGCGACGGAGCCUCCAGAGGAAACUUGACAUUCAGUGCCCCGAGGGACGUUUUUCUAUAUGGCCGUGGGGGUCGCUCCUUCGUGUCAUGCUCAUGGCGUCUCCUGGCAGCGGCAGACCAGGUAGUGCGCCUCACCAUUGACAGUAUCCUCACUGGUUCCUCUGGCUGCCGUACGCAAGUGAAUCGGCAGACAAAGGCCUUGCGCUGUAUACCCGGGGGAUCUUCGCACAUGUCUCUGUCUGUAUCAGAAUGGCCCUGGGCUGAGGUCGAGUUGCCGUUGGCCUGUGUUUGCUCACAUGAUUCUAUACCCAUCACUCAGGUUUCUCACGGGCCAGACCUGACCAUAAACCUCACCAUAAAGGGCAUGCUGUCUUAUGAAGAUUAUAGACAUUACUUCUUCAAUGCCACCUACGAAUUUCUUAAGGCUCCAGGAUGUAUUGGGGCGACUCGAGUUCUCUCAGGAGCUGCUGGGGAAGUUGUUGCAGAUUCUUCCCCCUCCAACUCGAAAGGUAGAUGCGAAGGGUUUCCCUGGCUUCUGAAAACGCCACCAAAACAUUCGCUCUUUCUAACAUUGCCUCGUGCUAGCCUCGACAACGGCACUUGUGCAUCCGAUACUCGAUUAUUUUUUCAUGUUCCAGGAAGAGCUGAGCCAGUGCUCGGAGUAUGCCCCGCGGCCGACCAGGCCGCUGCUAUAACAUUCUUUUGGCCGCCACCCGAGCCUCGAGUUAUGAGCCCCCCGCCCCCUGAAGAAGAGUCCAACACCAGCGGCGCUAACGAAGAUGAUGAAGCUGAUGACAAACCCACAAGUCGCGAACUAGAUUACCGGGAGUCUGACGGGAGGGAGUCAUCUCUGGUGGUGGUGUGGGAACCCCGUAGCGCUUCGAGUCUUCGGCUUCGUUGGCUCACCACCUGGAAACCCGCUGAUUCAGAAAGACCAGAAGACGCCUACGUGUCACCCCGCGCUGGUGGUUUGGGAGGGUGGCGAGACGAGCCUCCUGAUGUGCCCUGCAAGGAGCUGUGUCCAGAGCUGAGUGCGUGCAUCCCUGCAGAGCUCUGGUGUGAUGGUCGCAAGCACUGCCCCGAAGGUAGCGACGAGAUGGUGUCAAACUGUCUGCUGGAGCGAGUGCCAUGGCUAUACCUUACCAUUGUGGUUCUCACGCUGCUAACGCUGCUCUUCAUCACCGUAUCAGCUGUGCGCCGUCACCGUAACCAGCGGGCCAAAAAGCGACAGCAGGACGCUCGGAGGGUGUCGACCCAGGAGUCCAUCCUCCCACCUAAGGAGAAAAGCUUAAGUGCCUAUGCUCUCGACUACACCGACAUGGACUUUGAGACGACCGUGUGAAGUGUUAUGACUUCAGUGGUGGCCUGCUGGGUAGCAUUCUUGUUCCUAUUUUUUUUUUUAUUCUCUACUCUGGUUUUCUAAUGUGGUAAAACGUUCCAACUCGAAGACCUCUCUUUGACAAAUGAAUAAUAUGUUCUCUCGUUCACACUUAAGUCUUGGCCAAGCUUAUAGAUAGAUACGAACGAUAUAAGACCUCUUCCAUUCUCCUGGACUCAAAAUUUAAUGUAUUGUACACUGCCUAACUUUCUUUCAUUUCGUAGUUAGAUGUAAACGUUCUUAAGAACACUUUUUUACCUAGACUCUGAGACACCCAUACAAUGUGUUCACACUUUCUUGCCUUUGCUGGGAAUCGACCGUUCAUCUUUUAUCGCUGUCGAAUGAGGACCUAUCGACACUAAUACUUCAGUUGAAUUUGUGAGGCUUUUCGAUAAUUCUUGUAUAGGUUGAAAGAUUAUUCCCAUGCAAAGGUAUCAUACGCUAACUUUUCUUCGGUAAUCGUUCAGCAACUUUUAGUUUACUGAUGCUAGGUUGCAAGGCUGUUCUUAUGGGCACACUAGGUCGCUGUUGUUGGCUGCUUCUGGUUCCAGGGUUGGGGAACAGUGUUGUCGGUGAGGGAUCAGGUAGAGUUAAUGAGUAAGGUGGGGAAUAGUGCACAUAGGCCACUCCCGAGUCCCACUGAGGAAGAUAUUUGCGAGAGAAAUACAAAGACAUCGAACAUCGUACUGUAGUUCCUCAUUAUUUCGUGAUAAAAUCGACACUUAAAGGCGUUGACAACUUAAUAUUUGAAAUAAGUAACAAUAGAAAAAUUAAAUUAUUUUGCUUUUGAUAUAUUUUCUUAUUAUGUCAAGUCAUUUGGUUUUAAAGAUAACGCCGAUGAAAAUGGAGGAUUUCAUUUGUCUUCUUUACAGUUGAUUUAAUUUUUAUUUCACUUCAAGAAACUUCCAUUUUUUUAUACAUUCAAAUAAAUACAAUUCUAUAUAUAAGAGAGAUAUAAACAUCUAUUUUACACAAAGUACUUUCUACCACAAAAUAUUUAAUGCAGUUUUCUAUCAUUGUGUGAAGUGGGAGAGAAAAGUCUGAAAUUCAGAAAUGAUUUCGUGUCUAAAUAUUUCCACAACAACUUAAAUUCACAAAAUAUCAAAGUGUAAUGAACACCUGUGUGAGUCUGAACCCACAGGGAAACAGAAACAAAAGUCUUUGAUUUUCUAUAAAUGCUGACCUUUAAAUCUGUUGAAGAGGACCUGAAAUCUCAGUACACAACCUAAUUUUUAUGUUUCCAUUUCCAUGCGGUUUUGGAAAUCUCAUCUAAAUAAAUUCAGAUUUAUUAAGCAUCUUACGUUCUCGUUUUUUUCCCUAAAAGAAGAAAGCCUUUAAUGAAGCUGAGAUCAGGAACUGGAGCAGAUCAUUUCGGUGGAGGAGAAGAGUCCGGUGGUUGGAGGCGAUACUUUCUUAAAGUCCUGUGAUUGAAGGCAAACUAAAAUUUUCAUUACCAACUUUCGAAGGAAGAUAAAAUGAAGAAAAAAUCAGAAAUGUUCCAGCUGCUUCAAUAUUUUAAACAUUUCUAUUUUAUAAAAAGCUCUGAAAAGGCCUUGAGCGUUCACGUCAUUAGCACAGAAGUCUUCAUGUGUCUCUCUUCCCCGAGAGCAAGCAACAGCUCAUUAUAGUUUCAAUAAGCGAUGAAAGCUUUUUUAUAUACUCACAAAAAUCCCCGCAAAUUUGUCUUAAUCAAGCUGAUGUAUCAGUGAAUUAAUUAAUGAACCCUCAAGCCAGAGGUCGAUAAUAUACAUAAAUCUGCCAAAUCGUUAAUGAUUUUUUCAUUAAAGUUAUUAAUAGGAUGAAUACAACACUGUUAUGUAUUCGUGUAGAGAAUUACAGGCAAGUUUGGAAUGUAAUUUUUUUGUAUGUGUAGUAUCCUACACAUACAUAAAACAUGAAAAAAAUCAAUAGCUGAGAAUUUUGAAAUAAAUGAGCGCUUUCAUCCGCUCACAUGUGUGAAAACACAUGAAAGUGUUCAUUUCCUUUUAUUUUCUUUUUUUUUUUUUGCUUAUUUUCGAAUUUACAGUCACACGUUUUAUCGCGAUUUCUUCUCGUAGUAAUACAUCCACACACAGUCACACACACACUCACAGACCCACACACACACACACACACACACACGGUACAGGGAGUGUGACCCAGUAGCGGCCAGUGAAGAGUAGGCGCCAGGAGCUAUGACUCGUCCCCUGCAACUACAACUAGGUGAGUACACACACAUUCAAGACUCUGUACACGUGAACGUCAGGCCCAUACUGGAGCAUGCAGCACCAGUUUGGAACUCACACCUGGUCAAGCACGUCAAGAAAUUAGAGAAAAUGCAGAGGUUUGCAACAAGGCUAGUUCCUGAGCUAAGGUGAAUGUCCUACGAAGUAAGGUUAAGGGAAAUCGGCCUGACGACACUGGAAGACAGGAGGGUUAAGGGAAACAUGAUAACGACAUACAAAAUACUGAGAGGAAUUGACAAGGUGGACAGAGACAGGAUGUUCCAAAGAUGGGAUACAGAAACAAGUGGUCACAAUUGGAAGUUGAAGAGGAGAGGAGUCAAAGAGAUGUUAGGAAGUAUUUUUUUAGUUAUAGAGUUUUCAGGAAGUGGAAUAGUCUGGCAAGUGACGUAGUGGAAGCAGGAACCAUAUACAGUUUUAAGAGGAGGUAUGAUAAAACUCAUGGAGCAAGGAGAGAGGAUCUAGUAGCAAUCAGUGAAAAGGCAGGGCCAGGAGCUAUGUCACGACCCCUGCAGUGAGUACAUAUAGGUGAGUACACACAUACACACACACGAACACGCGCGAGCGCGAGCGCACACACACACACACACACAGGCGGGGUCCCACAGGGGUCGGUCCUAGGACCAGUGCUAUUUUUGGUAUAUGUGAACGACAUGACGGAAGGGUUAGACUCAGAAGUGUCCCUGUUUGCAGAUGAUGUGAAGUUAAUGAGGAGAAUUAAAUCUGAUGAGGACCAGGCAGGACUUCAAAGAGACCUGGACAGACUGGACACCUGGUCCAGCAAAUGGCUUCUCGAAUUUAAUCCUGCCAAAUGCAAAGUCAUGAAGAUAGGGGAAGGGCACAGAAGACCACAGACAGAGUAUAGGCUAGGUGGCCAAAGACUGCAAACCUCACUCAAGGAGAAAGAUCUUGGGGUGAGUAUAACACCGAGCAUGUCCCCGGAAGCACACAUCAAUCAGAUAACUGCUGCAGCAUAUGGGCGCCUGGCAAACCU